AUGUUUCCCAGUGCAGUAUAUUUUGGCUUUUUCCUCAUAUCACAGGUUUGUAUUGGUGUCCUUUCAAACUCCUCACUGUUUAUGGCAUUGAUGCAUACCUUAUUAUCUCAAUUUCAUCUUAUGAGACCUAUAGACUUCCUUAUGAUUCACCUGACAGUGGUGAAUAAUUUGACUAUCAUAGUCACACUUAUACCAUAUAUCAUGGUAUCUUUUGGAAUAAGACACUUUUUGGAUGAUACUGGAUGCAAAGUAAUUUUGUAUGCACGCAGAGUUACCCGUGGUGUUUCCAUCUGUACUACCUCACUUAUGAGUACAUUUCAAGCCAUCACUAUCAGCUCUGUUAAUUCCAAGUGGGCACUGUUGAAGCCUAAACUCUCUGCAAUGAUUAUGCCUUCUUUGCUUAUCUUCUGGAUCAACAACUUGCUUAUUUAUAUCAAUGUUAUUCCACAUGUAAGAGCAAUUGGAAAUUUUUCUCUUGUUGGUCGUGGGUAUUCUCAUGCAUAUUGUCAAACUGGACAGAUGAAAACCAUUGAUUCAUGGUUAUAUAUAAUUGUCAUAUUAGCCCAAGAUCUUGUAUUUUUGACCCUCAUGCUCUGCACCAGCCUCUACAUGGUGAGUCUCCUAUACCGACACCACAGGAUAGCUAAAUAUGUCCAUAGAUGCUCCUCCCAGACACCUGCAGAAAUCAGAGCAACUCAAAACAUUGUUUUGGUGGUGAGUUGCUUUGCUUUUUUCUAUUGCUCAAAUAACUUUUUCACUUUUUACUCUUUGUCUGUACAUGAGAAAAUUCCUGCUUUAGAGGCAAUUAGUGCAGUGUUAUCAUCAUGUUUUCCAAUCAUCAGUCCUUUCUUUUUGAUGAGAAAUAAUAAAUUAUUUUCUAAAUAUUUCUGUUUUACAGUGAUGAGGUUUAUCUGCCCUCACACUCUCUUUAGUGGCUAA